AUGCUCAAUUUGAAUUUACAACUAAAUAAAGAUUAAGAUUAAUUCAUCAAAAUGAAGAUGAUGAUAUUGAUAACAAUAUAGAAUUUUAUGAUUAAAUUACAUUCCCAAUAGAUGAAAAUAAUUUUGUUGGAUACGAAAACUAAAGAAUACCAAGUAACUGAAAUGAUGAUGAAAUUGGUUUUGCCAUCUUAGAAUUUUACAUAUUCAUAAUAAAGCCAUUUUUGA